UCCUCAUCCGCCUGCACUUCAAUUUUUCGAUAAGAUUUUCCAACCAAGAGUAAAUUAAACGACAAUGGCGAUGAAGGAGAAGCCUGCAAGCGCCACUGCCGUUAACGAGCUCCACUACAGGGGGGUGAGGAAGCGGCCGUGGGGCCGGUACGCCGCCGAGAUCCGCGACCCCAACAAGAAGACACGUGUCUGGCUGGGCACCUUCGACACCGCCGAGGAGGCCGCGCGCGCCUACGACGCCGCCGCCCGCAACUUCCGAGGCUCCAAGGCCAAGACCAACUUCACCGACGACUCAGUCGAGGAGAUUCAGUUCCUCCGACAACAUCCGGUGGUGCAAAGCUAUAUGCACCGCUACAUGCAGCCGGAGGACGAGCAUCAAGUAGAGGGAGUUGAGGAGGCCACAGAAUUGAAUCUUGAUCUCAAUCUUGCGCCGCCUUUGGCAGCUUGAAAUUACACUAGUUGUUUUUUAAAUGUACUGACUUUUCAGUGUAGUAGUUUAAUUAUUUUUGGUUUUCAUCAAUCAAAUCUAAGCUUUUGAUUCAA